UGCGAGUGUCCGCCUAUCUGCCUACCCUAGCAGCAGCACAGUUUGAAGUUAUAUCUUAUUACUGAAUGUACGGAAAUUGGGUGCUCUGUGCAACAAACUAUUUCGUUGGAGUGCGUAGAAUCGUUUUCUUAAGUUAAUUACCAGUGAUAAGGAUUAAGCAGUUCUUUUUGUUUUCUGUUCAAGAUUGUGAUCAAACUAUUCUAGUUAGAAUACCCGAGAAAACCAACAAUUUGACGAAAUUCCAUCAAUUUGGUGGAUUACCAUAAACCUACUAAAAAACUAUCAAAAUGACAAACAUUGCCCAACAACACGAUGUGGUGAAGAACAGUCUGUUUCAAUUUAUAAACACCCACAUUCCGGGUGCCGAUCUCAACAUUGUGGACGAUAUUGUGCUGUCCUAUGUGAUAUCAAUAUUGGAGGAAGCUUCCCAAGAUCCAUGCUUCGAUGUAGAAGGCUUUAUCGAAAUGAUGUCUGCCUAUUUCAACGACUUCGCGAACAUUGAGCCAGCAACAGUCUGUUCCUGGAUAUUUCAACUGGAAAACCAACUCUCCGAAAAACAUAGCAAAGCUACCAAUAACGAAGUGCAGAAUUUGUCAUUGAAUUCUCUGAGCUUGGCCGAUAUACUGCCGGAGGAGAAACUCCGCGGCCGCCAAUCAUCGAUAUCGGAGAACGAACAAACUGCCAACGGCGGCGGUUGCCAGGCCAAGCGAGUUCAGCAUCUCUCGGAGACCAGUGAUGCGGGCUCUACCGAUAGCUCCAAUUGUGAUCUCUUCGCUGAAGAAUGCGAAGUCUUGCAGGAAAUGUUCCCGGAGAGUUCCCUCAUUGAGGUGAAACAUUGUAUUUUGAUAGCAAAUGGAGACAUCGAUCGCGCUACGCAGAUAUUGCUUCAUCGCCAAGAAGCAGGACAAAGCCUGAAGGGCAAUCCGAACAAUUUGCAAACCAACAAAGCACUUUCGCAAGUUGACGAGACUGAGUUGAAGAAUAGAAUUAUUUCAAGAUACUCAUACGUGGACAAAGAGGAUCAUCGCGAGUACAAGCCAGUUGCUCCAAAGGUUGAACCCAAGAAACUGAUCCGUUAUCGAGACAACAAGAUCGUGUCGCUCAAAGGAGAACGCUACACCGAGGUAUCACGCCGUGGAGGAGAUGAAGAGACGGAGCUCAAAAAGCCCAAGAAACCUAUUUGUCCGUAACUAAAAUGGAUUCUGCUGCUGAUGCUAUUCAUAGCCAAUACAAUAGCUACAAUUAUCAAUUGUGGUACCCGCCAGAAUCGGGUACAGCACAACAAUCAACCGUUUCUUGUCGUUUGUGUAGUAAUCGUAACCAUAUGCAUUGUAAUUUCACUGAAAAAGUGUCACAAACUAUCUAAGAGUAGUCAUAAACACCAGCAGCAAGACAGAAGACUGUACGAGUUUGAGAACGACUAUCCAAUGGCGGCUAGUAACCACGACUUACCCAUUGGAUUCCAUCAAAAUACCUAUGUUUUAAUUGCAAAUUGCUAUGAAUCUCAGCAACGAAACGAGCAGUUCAAAGAGUUACUUGUGACGUGCACCCCAAAUUCUCGGUCCAUCUCAUCCACUGAAAAUUAUCCCAGAAGACUUAGGCUUCAAAGUAGCAUCCUUAGGUAUCUGAACAACACUGUAAUCUCGUUUUACGUUCAUUACAUGCGGCACGUUCUAGAUAUUCCUAGUGCUGGUCAUUUUUUCAGUUUUGUAUUUAUUUCUGCGAUACCAUUCCUGUACUUAUUACUACUAUCCAUUAUGUUCACACCCAUGAUUGUAUUUAUUAAUGUUAAGUCAAACGUACCGUGUCGUAUAAUUUAUUUCGUUUUUUCACGAAUAUACGGAAGCACAUUUAAGUUA